CGACUGCUGAGCAACUCUCCACCAUACAUAGCGCACUAGUGUGCAAUUAUUGCCGCACGGAAAUCGGUAAAUUAGUGGUUUUCGCGGUGGUUCGAGUGAUAACGUUUUGUGUUCCGUUCCGUCUCAAUCCUACCGAAUGAUGUUUGCAUGGGCAUGAUACUGAAUCGAAGAAGGCGUGCCUAAAAAAUACCCAGGAAACGUGUACCUUCCUAUUUAUAAGGAACAUGCAUUGUACUUAUUCCUAUCAAGUCCAGGCCAACUCGCCUGCUAUAGCUUCGGGAGCUGAUUUUAUAGAGGAUCACCCGAGCUUGAGAGGCACGCCUUUGGCGAUGCUGGCCGCACAAUGCAACAAACUGUCAAACAAAUCGCCCCCACCUCUCGCCGACGCGGCCGUAGGAAAAGGCUUCCACCCGUGGAAGAAGAGCCCGCAGGGGGCUCCCUCCCCCGGCAGCGUCUCCGUGGCGAGCUCCAUGCCUUCGCAGAGAUCCUCCGCCGCUUCGAACACGACCUACUCGAGAUCCGUGAUGACGUCUUGCGCCAGCGGCGUCCCCACCACGGCGUCCUACGGAAGCGAUCUGUAUUUUCCCGGUGCCACCUCGCAGCCGGCAGUCGCGGAUAAUUCGCACGUGCAUCACCAUCAGAGCUCCUUGCUGGGAAAAGUGGAAGGCGCCGCUACCGCGCACCAUGCGGCCUUAGGUUCCGUCUACUCGAGGCACCCCUACGAGACCUGGCCGUUCAACACGAUGUCGGGCACCACGCAUCACGGUACCAUCAAAAGUGACACGGUUACGCCGGCCAACGCUUGGUGGGACGUGCAUUCCACCGCGGGAAGUUGGUUGGAUAUGAAUGCAGGUAUGCACGCGCAAAUGGCGGCCAAUUAUUCACCGGAUUACUCCAGUUUAACCCACUCGUUAGCCGCCUCGAAUCAUCUGCUAUCGUCAGGUCAGCAUUUAUUACAAGACACCUACAAAUCGAUGUUGCCUGGAGCUCAAACGGUCGGCGCUUCGUUCGGGUUGCACGCCGGUUCGUCACCUUCACCCACUUCGGGAGCUGGUGGUUUACCACCGCAGGUACCAUCACCGAGAUCCCAAAGGAGAUACACUGGAAGAGCUACUUGUGACUGCCCGAAUUGCCAGGAAGCCGAACGAUUGGGACCUGCUGGUGUGCAUUUGCGUAAGAAAAACAUCCACAGCUGCCACAUACCUGGCUGCGGAAAAGUUUACGGUAAAACGUCGCAUUUAAAGGCCCAUCUGCGUUGGCACACAGGCGAACGUCCGUUCGUAUGCAAUUGGUUGUUCUGCGGAAAGAGAUUUACUCGCUCAGACGAACUCCAAAGACAUCUUAGAACCCACACUGGAGAGAAAAGAUUCGCUUGCCCGGUGUGUAAUAAACGCUUCAUGAGGAGCGACCACCUAGCCAAACACGUUAAAACCCACAAUGGUACGGGCAAAAAGGGUAGCUCCGAUUCCUGCAGCGAUUCCGAAGAGAACUCGCAGAGCGACAUGACGAACAAUGUCAACUCGCCAAACUCGAUGAACCAGACGCCCCCACCUCAGCAAAACAUGUCGGGCUUGGACAUGGUCACGGGUAUGGACGUGAAGCCUCCAGGUUUAGUUUGAAGCAGGUGGGGGCCUACGCAUGCACUUCUCUACCCCACAUACCCCCGCUAGCGUGUGGCCCCAUAACUUUGCUUAGUUAUAUGGACUUCUUGUUUGUAUAAAUUUUGUACAUAUGUGAAUGGACAGAGCUUUAGUUACUUUAAAAAUAUUACAAGCCUAUUAUAGUGUUGGAUUGUAACGAGUUUGACUUUUACAUCAAGCGAAUCUAGUCUAUUAUUAUUAUUAUUAUUAUUAUUUUAGUUUAAACUGCAAAAUUAUUCUUUAAUUUAAGAUUCCAAUCAUUUGUUCAGUACCAUCGCGUUACAUUCCAACAAAAACUUAUUGUAAAUAAUAUAAAUAUUUAAAUAUUGUAUAAGUGUCGAAAUAUACAGGGUGAUCCACAUAACAUGUGCAUCACUCUGCAGGUGAUCGAGAAACGUGUUAACUGUGUCACAUAUCAUUUUUAUUUAUAUGGCUUUUCUAUAUUUCACGACAUUUUGAAAAAUACUAAACAUUGAUACAAUCAGGUUUAUUGUACCUCAUAUGUAAUGGUUUCUACUCUCGUCAAAAAAUCUUGUAAAUUGUAUACUAUCUGUAAAUUAUCGAUAAGAGCUUUUGUGAACACGUUCAUAGUAAAUAUAAUUUUCAAUCUGGA